AUGUUCAGUUUGUACUUCUUUCUGAGUGUGCUAGUGUCGGCCAAGGGGCAAAUUCCCAGUCUGGGGUUUUGCCCCGAGUACUUCCCCAUGGCAGAUUUCGACAUGAGCAGGUUCCUGGGGAAGUGGUACGAAGCUGAGAGGUACUUUCAAUUUUCCGAACUAGCGUCCAGAUGUGUUGUCACGGAUUAUGCCAGAGGACCCAGUGGCAAAAUCUACGUCUCAAAUGAAGUCACGAAUAGAUUAACCGGCAUAAAGCGAGUGAUUGACGGAACAAUUGAACAAACCGGCAAAAUUGGCGAAGGACAAUUGAACGUCAAAUAUUCUACAACCCCGCUAUCUACAGAAUCUACAUUAAUUGUUUUGGAGACAGACUACGAUUCAUUCGCUGUUGUUUGGAGUUGUAGCGGUUUUGGACCCUUACACGCAGAAAGUGUUUGGCUGAUGACGCGAGAUAGAAUACCACCAGGUCCAGUUCUCCAACAAGCUUACGGGGUUCUGGACAAAUUCCGGAUCAGCAGGAAUUUCUUCAUCAAAACCGACCAAGCAGGUUGUGCUAUAGCCGCAUCUGACAUUAACGCAGCCAAUGGUAUAGCUUCCAUUUCGACUGUAGCCGAAACCACUGGAUCAGAGCAACGUAAGCGCCCUCUGAUGGAGAACCAUCGAGACAAAGUUGUCGAAAAAGAUGCUAGUCAGAUUUUGGUGGGGAAGAGUGGAACCAUGCAGAAGGUCCAGGAGAAAAAUGUGAUUGAGAAAAAAUUGGGUGGUGGAACUGAAGUUGAUAAACCUUCAGAUGUUUACGAAACAGGAGAACUUCAGGAGAAUGUCGAAGAAGAGGCAAUAAUAAAGAAAUUGACUUCUCCGAAUUAG